AGUUCCCCAUAGUGGUUUCACAUGUCUCUCUCUCUCUCUUCAGAACUUCUGAUUUCCCGAUUUCUUACAUAACAGAGUUAAUAAUAUCCUUUUGUGAUUUAGUAGAUUCUCUUUUCCGUCAAAGCCAAAAGCACUUCUUACCUUUAGAAUGGAGGAACAGUUCAUACUUAGGGUUCCACCCUCUGUUUCAGAGCGAAUCGAUCGGCUCCUGAGCGACGAGGCUUCUACUUCCGACGACAUCCCUUUAGAUUUGUGCUUUUCAGAGGAUGGGAGAAGCGGGACGUUUGUAAUUGGAAACGAAGAGUUCCCGGCUUCUCUCCUGGAUCUUCCUGCUGUUGUGGAGUCCUUUAAAACUUAUGAUGAUUCUGCACUAGUCAAAACUGCUGAUAUUGGUCAGAUGAUAAUGGUUAGGGAUCCGGGUGAUCCCGCGCCUAAUUCAGUUGAAUACAGACAUGGUUUAACUCCUCCAAUGAAGGAGGCUCGCAAGAGAAGAUUCCGUCGAGAGCCUGACCUUAAUCCGGAGCUUGUACAGCGCGUUGAGAGAGACUUGCUGAACAUCUUGAGUGGCGGAACAAUGGGAAACGCAAAUGAGCAACAAGAGGAAACAGUUGCGAACGAGAAUACUAGUGAUAAUAAUGCAAACAAGAAAGUGUCUUCUUCUUCUUCACCUGCUGAGAAGCCUGAAGCUGCUCCUGAGACAGGGACUAAUACUAACAAUAAUAAUAAUAAUGCAACCGAAGCUGACCCGGAGAGAAGUGAAUCAGAAGAUUCUGAUGAUUCUAUGUGAGAGAGCUUAUCUACGUAACCAGCAGCUAAAGCUAAUAUGAUACUAUAGGAUAUGGUCGAAAUGCCAGGAAAGUUGCAUAAGGGUAACGUUUUAAAGGAACGAACCCAGCUAUGAUAAGUGUGUAUGUCAAGAAUUUGGCCGCUAUAUAUGGUUACCAUUAAUCAUUUAUUUGAUUCAUUGUCAGCAAGAGAAGAGUGUUCCGGUCUGGUAAUAAUACCUUCUAUGAGUUUGUUGAUUCUA